CUCUAUUUAUUUAUGUCAAGUGUCAACUGCAGUGUUGUUGUGUGUUGUCUGUCCUAUUUAUUUUCACCGUACUUUGUUACAAUAUAAUACGAAAAUGUUUGCAUUUAUUACAAAAAAUAAAAACGACAUAAUAUAUCUAUCAUUACUUCUGUUCAGUGUUGGAGUGGGGCCUCGUUAUAGAGCUUUAAAGUCGGUGGAAGCUAAAAAAUGGGCCGGCAGUAUUCUUGGGCUGAUAUUGAUAAUCAUUGUAUCUGGAUAUAAUGCUGUGCAUCCAAUUCUAUCCGCACUUCUUGGUAUAAUUGUUAUAAAGGCUGCCACAGUCAAGUACUGCCAUAUAGCGACAUUCUUCUUGAUGUUCUCUUACCUAUUUUUCUUCCGAAUGGCAGACAAGUUUGGCCUGCAAUUACCUUCAGGACAGACCAACUUAAUAGAAAUGAUACUAGUACUCAGAGUUGUGGGAGUAUCGUUUGAAAUCAAUGGUUCUUGGUUGGCUGUUGGGAAAGCUAAGAAACAAGAACAGGAACAGAAAGAUGUUAAAGAAAAAGAUGAUGAAUUUCUUGAAAUAAUCAAUCCAGAUUUUUUGGACCUUUUUCAUUAUGCCUUUAAUUAUAUUGGACUCCUGACAGGUCCAUACUACAGGUACAGAACCUAUAAUGAUUACUUCUACCUACCAUACAGUAAAUAUGUAGACUGCUUUGGUUUCACAAUCAACACACUUCGGAUGGUUCCUGUCUAUAUAUCCAUGUAUCUGGCCUUCUCGAACAUAUGGCCUUUAGAGUACAUUUUAACGGAGGACCACAACAACAGGAACUUUGUGUACCGUAUGAUGUACCCUUGGGCCAUAUUCGCCGCAUUCCGUCAGCGCAUAUAUGCGGGCAUGACGUUAGCGGAGAGUGUAUGCACGUCAGCCGGCUUCGGAGCGUACCCAGUGCAGGGGAGGAACAGAUCAGGUCAUGGCCCGACAGUGGGCUAUAUGAAGUUGAAAGAGAUGUCAGAAGAAGAAGCAAGGAACUCAGAAUACGACUUCAACACAGUUGAGUCGAUGGACGUAUGGGGUUGCGAGACUGUUGUUACGCUCCGGGAUUCUAUGAAAGUGUGGAACAAAGCCGUGCAGUACUGGGUCGCCAUGGUUGUUUAUAAGAGAUUCCCGAUCAAGCCUUUGAAGAUUCACGCUGCUUUAUUUGUAUCUGUGAUCUGGCACGGCUACCACGCCGGCUAUUUCUUCUGUAUCUACGCCUGCCCAUUCUAUUUGAUGGCCGAAGAUAUCUACUACAAACUCUACUAUAAAGAUGCCACUGGAACUAAAAAGAAAGUCAUUGGAUUCAUAAUGUGGUUCCUCCGUUCCCAUUCGGAGUCCUACCAAGCUGCGGCAUUCCUACUUUUAACAUUCGAUCGUAUUUGGAUAUACUAUACUUCAAUGCAUCAUUAUUGGUACGGCGUCUGGCUGACCUUCCUAAUACUAGGUCUUAUAUUAAACCUAGUACAAAGACCAAGAAAACCAAAGAUUAAAGGUGAAGAAAAGAAACAAGAAAUAAGCAAUUAAUUUAUUAUUAAUCUCAACAAACAGCUCAAUUUGAAAGUAAGUGUUAUAAUUAGAUUAUAUUUAUAAUUUAAAACAUCUGUUAACAUGUCAAAAAACUCUUUUUAGAUAAGCCGUGUAUUCAUAAACAAUACUUAAACAUUAACGUCGCAAUAGAUCGUGCAACUACCAGGCUACGUGACCUAUUUAUCAGUGUAAUGUGAUCUCAAAUUGACCCUACUGUCGGAUAGGAUAAAUUAUUUAUUUUAUAGAAAGCGAGAGUGAGUAGGUACGUAGACGGUAUAAAAUUUCAGGUGUCCUAAAUGUUUUUGUUUCUAUGGCAUGACAUAGGGGUAACUCGUCGAAAAAUCCCGAAAUUGUGGUGUUGACAGCUGCAAAACCGACCGUUUUUCUGUACUAAGGAAUAAAAAACGCAGCCAUUGUCCAUUAAUGAUUGUAGCCUCA